AAAUUUAAAUGUCUUCAGAAGACAAAGAAGCUCAGGAGGAUGAGCUGCUGGCUUUGGCUAGCAUUUAUGAUGAAGAUGAGUUUAAGAGAGCCGAGUCUGCCCAAGGAGGAGAAACAAGAAUUUGUCUGGAGUUGCCUCAAAACUUCAAAAUUUUUGUGAGUGGCAAUUCCACAGAAAGCCUCCAGAACAAUGGAUUUGAAUACAAUGUUUGCUUUCUGCCUCCUCUUGUGCUGAAUUUUGAACUCCCACCAGACUACCCGUCAACCUCCCCACCAGUCUUUACCCUCAGUGGAAAAUGGCUCUCCCAAGCCCAGCUCAGUGCUCUUUGCAAACACUUAGACAACGUAUGGGAAGAGAAUCGAGGCUGUGUGGUCUUAUUUGCCUGGAUGCAGUUUCUGAAGGAGGAAACACUGAGUUACCUCAAUAUUUCCUCCCCAUAUGAGUUAAAAAUGUGCCAUCAAGGGAAUGGGCAGAGUAGGACACCUUCGGUCCCUCUCGACGCUGAGAAGGAUUGUGGUGGUGCAGCAGGCUCUGCCAUGGCUGAAGAGGAAAUCAUCGAUGCGAGAGCUGUACAGGAUGUGGAAUCGUUGUCGAGUCUGAUUAGGGAAAUCUUGGACUUUGAUCAGGCUCAGAGGAGGAAGUGCUUUAACAGUAAGAUGUACUUGUGCAAUAUCUGCUUCUGUGAGAAGCUGGGCAGUGAAUGCAUGUACUUCACCGAGUGCAGCCAUGUAUACUGCAAAGCAUGCCUGAAGGACUACUUUGAAAUACAGAUCAGGGAUGGCCAGGUCCGCUGUCUCAACUGUCCAGAACCGAAGUGUUCUUCUGUUGCUACUCCUGGCCAGGUUAAAGAGUUGGUUGGAGAGCAGCUGUUUGCACGUUAUGACCGCCUGCUCCUGCAGUCUAGCUUGGACCUGAUGGCAGAUGUAGUGUAUUGCCCUCGCCCAGGCUGUCAGACACCGGUCAUGCAAGAACCAGGUUGCACCAUGGGCAUGUGUUCCUGUUGCAACUAUGCUUUUUGUACUCUCUGUAAAAUGACUUACCAUGGCGUCUCUCCGUGUAAAGUCACUGCAGAGAAAUUAAUGGAUUUGCGAAACGAAUACUUAGAAGCAGAUGAGGCAACUAAAAGAUUUUUGGAACAGCGCUAUGGCAAACGAGUGAUUCAGAAAGCCCUUGAGGAGAUGGAGAGUAAAGAAUGGCUAGAAAAGAACUCAAAGUCUUGUCCUUGCUGUGGUACUCAUAUAGAGAAACUAGAUGGUUGUAACAAAAUGACGUGUACUGGCUGCAUGCAGUAUUUCUGCUGGCUUUGUAUGGGUUCUCUGUCAAGGGUGAACCCAUACAGGCACUUCAAUGAUCCAUCUUCCCCGUGCUUUAAUAGAUUGUUUCAAGCCAUGCAUAUUGAUGGUGAGUUCUGGGAAGCUGAAGAUGAAGACUAGUAGCUUUCUCUAGCAACAAAAGCUGAACAAACCAUAGACAGAUGCUUUCCAUUUUUGUGUCAAGUUUGUUUGCUUUUC